AAAAUCCCUAGAAAUCAUUAACAAUCGAAAAAAUAGUUAAAAAAAAAAAUUGUCGUUGGCCAAAUUUUGUCACCUAUAAAAAUCUUCAGCUCAAACUUUCCCUUUUCCCCACCAUUUGCUCUCCUCCACUCCCCCAAAAAAGAACAAACACACUUCCCGGCAAAUUAUCUCCCCAAUUCUGCGAAACCGAAAGCUGACAAAAAUCACCGGAAAACACAUUUCAAGAUGAGAGAAAUCCUUCACAUUCAGGGCGGACAAUGUGGGAACCAGAUCGGAGCUAAGUUCUGGGAGGUCAUUUGCGACGAGCAUGGCAUUGACCACACCGGCAAGUACUCCGGCGACUCAGACCUCCAAUUAGAGCGCAUCAAUGUCUACUACAACGAGGCCAGCGGUGGCCGGUAUGUUCCUCGCGCCGUUCUUAUGGACCUUGAACCUGGUACUAUGGAUUCAGUUCGUUCGGGCCCUUACGGUCAGAUUUUCCGGCCGGAUAACUUUGUGUUUGGACAAUCUGGUGCUGGAAACAAUUGGGCUAAAGGUCAUUACACCGAGGGUGCUGAGCUGAUUGAUUCUGUUCUCGAUGUUGUUCGAAAGGAAGCUGAGAAUUGCGAUUGCUUGCAAGGAUUUCAAGUGUGUCAUUCAUUGGGUGGAGGAACUGGAUCUGGCAUGGGGACCCUUCUCAUUUCAAAAAUCAGGGAGGAAUAUCCAGACCGUAUGAUGUUGACAUUUUCAGUAUUCCCGUCCCCUAAAGUAUCUGACACUGUGGUUGAGCCAUACAAUGCUACCUUGUCAGUACAUCAACUUGUUGAGAACGCGGACGAGUGCAUGGUUUUGGACAAUGAGGCUCUCUAUGACAUCUGUUUCCGCACUCUAAAGCUCGCAACUCCUACUUUUGGUGAUCUCAACCACUUGAUUUCUGCUACCAUGAGUGGAGUCACAUGCUGUCUUCGCUUCCCUGGACAGUUAAACUCUGACUUACGUAAACUUGCUGUUAACCUCAUCCCAUUUCCUCGACUCCAUUUCUUCAUGGUCGGGUUUGCACCUUUGACCUCCAGAGGCUCCCAGCAAUACCGUGCCCUCACCGUCCCAGAACUGACACAGCAAAUGUGGGAUGCAAAGAACAUGAUGUGCGCUGCUGAUCCUCGUCAUGGUCGUUACUUAACUGCUUCUGCAAUGUUCCGUGGCAAGAUGAGUACCAAAGAAGUUGAUGAACAGAUGAUCAAUGUCCAGAAUAAGAACUCAUCUUACUUUGUCGAAUGGAUUCCCAACAAUGUUAAGUCUAGUGUCUGCGACAUCCCACCAAAGGGUCUGAAAAUGGCAUCUACUUUCAUCGGGAACUCAACCUCAAUCCAAGAAAUGUUUAGACGCGUGAGCGAGCAAUUCACAGCUAUGUUUAGGCGCAAGGCUUUCUUGCACUGGUACACAGGUGAAGGAAUGGAUGAAAUGGAAUUCACUGAGGCCGAGAGCAACAUGAAUGAUCUUGUCGCUGAGUACCAGCAAUACCAGGAUGCCACUGCUGAUGAGGAAUAUGGAGAAGAAGAAGAAGAAGAAGAGGAGAUGACAACAUGAGACAUUUGGCUCGCUGCCAUAGAACUCUGGAAUCUUUGGUCUGAUGGUUUUGUUCCUAUGGGUGAUUGGUAUUUGUGUCGUCGUCAAGGAAUGAGUCAGAUUGAUGUAGUGAAUAUAUCGUAGUAUCGUGUGACGUGUUGAUCGUUGUAUUCGAUUUGGGUUUGUUAACUGUAUUACUUUGUGUAUCAUCUGUAUCUGUACUUUUUCAUGGUUACCUUUUCCUUUGGCAUUUUAGUACUUGAUGUUUAGCUUAGCCUUGUUUUAUAUUGGGGUGAAAAGCAGUUUUUGCCUGCAGUAGUUUGCUGGGGUUGUAGAAUUCAAAGGGUCGGAUAGUUUGGGGCGAUGAUGAAGUUAUUCAACACUUCUAAAAAGUAAGGGUCAGAAAGAAGGAUUAAAUCCCCUUAAUUGGUAAAAUAACCUCUAACCUCUUUGUAUUGGUCUCUAAUUUCUUUAUUUCUGUCCCCC